CCUGCCCGCGCUCUUCCUGCAGGAGGCUUCGACAGCUUCCAGUCCUGCUGUCCCGAUCUGUGCUCUGAAUCCCCUGCCCCGGCGCUGGCCCCCACAGCCACCGAAACCAGUAGCUCCGACCUCAGGGUUCCCAUCUAUGACCAGGGUGGACCGGUGGAGAUCUUGCCCUACCUGUACCUGGGCAGCUGCAGCCACUCCUCUGACCUACAAGGGCUGCAGGCCUGUGGCAUCACAGCCGUCCUCAACGUCUCUGCUAGCUGCCCCAACCACUUUGAGGGCCUUUUCCUCUACAAGAGCAUCCCGGUGGAGGACAACCAGAUGGUGGACAUCAGUGCCUGGUUCCAGGAGGCCAUAGGCUUCAUCGACCUGGUGAAGAACAGCGGAGGCCGGGUGCUGGUCCACUGCCAAGCGGGCAUUUCCCGCUCUGCCACCAUCUGCCUGGCGUACCUGAUACAGAGCCGCCGGGUGCGGCUGGAUGAGGCCUUCGACUUUGUUAAGCAACGCCGCGGAGUCAUCUCCCCCAACUUCAGUUUCAUGGGGCAGUUGCUGCAAUUUGAGACUCAGGUGCUGUGUCACUGAGGCAGGGACCCUCUGCCUGCCUCCCUACCACGUUGGCCCUCACAAUUUCUAGGAGGAGCCGAGUGGGGACAGGUGGGCUCCCGAUGGCCUAGAGCAUCCCCCUCGUCUUUGGAGGCCUGUGGCACCCCCUGGGGGACUGGCCUUCCCACCUGGUGCUCUUCUGCUGGGAGUUCAAGGGCUGGCCCUUAGGAGGGGACAGAGCAGAGGCACAUCUGCCCUCCCCUCCACUCCUGUGGUAGAAAUGACUGGACUCUACAUUCAUGGACUCUCUGGUCCCUUCACCAUGUUGAAACCCUUGGCAGCCCGAGAGCCCUAAGGAACAAGCUGUGACAACAGGGAGCCCUGUCUACGGGUGUCCACUCUGGGUCCUGGAGCCCGAGCCAAGCUCCUGGGGGAGCUAGGAACUUGGAAAGUGAGGCGUGUGUCGUGUUCCGGACCUCUGACCUCUUGCUUACGCAUACGUGAGCGUUUCUUGCCCGCCCAUGUUGGUGCUGGAAAAUUAUUUGUGUUCAACUGACAUUUAAGGCUCCCUCCCCCACUUCCUCCCAGCCCUGUGGGCGGGGGUUGGAAACUUAGCACUUUAUAUUUAUACAGAACAUUGUGGAUGUGUCAAUAAAAUAUUGUUUUGUUAAAAAAAAACAACAACAACAACUC